UAGAGGAGUAGUGGGAAGGAGAGAUCCCGUGCAAUUCAUUAUCAGUUCUUUACCAAACUAUAUAAAACUCUGAUCAUGCACUUACUUUUGAGAGUUAAGUGAAUCUAUAUUAUGGGUGGAAUAGUUUCUGACGGCGUUUAGGUGCACGAGCACGCGUGACUGAGGCAUACGGCAAGUGGGACUCUCCCGUUAUUUGAUCAUUUUAAUCACAGUCCUAGUAUUGCUGUAGCAUUUUGUUUUCGGUGUUCCAGCGAGAAGUGACAAGAACAUAGACCCCUCCUCUGAAGGGCGGAGCGUGCAUUUUUAUUUCGAUUUUGUAUCUAUCUUUUUUUCUACAGCUCGUGCGCUGACACGUCUGCACUGAGUGAGUGGCAUUGGCACACUGUCAAUCGCUCACUACCGCUGCCAUCAAACAACAUAAAGCACACAGGCAGAGACUCGGGCUCAUAAAUUUCAGCAGGCAGAUAUUUUUGCGCAUCGCUUUACAGCUUGUAGACUAAUUAAUUUUCUCGCUGUUAUUUUUUCUAAUAUUUUCCCACUAAUGCUAUCAACUUUUUGUACAUUUCAUAUUUUUGUAUAAGUACAUUUGGCACUGAUGCCGCCAAUGAUUUAUUUUGAUAUGUUGUGUUCUUUGGGAAAUUAUUUGAGUAUAUUUACACUUGGCAAGUACAUUAUUUCUACCUAAAGUAGCCAAUAGUACAUUUUUCCUAUUUUCUUUUCAACAAAUUGCCAAAUUGGAUAUUUUGUUGGCUGUUAUUUAUGAUGGGGAUUUGAACAUUUUCAAGAGGAAUUGUACGAGAACGCAAAAGAAGAUCGUUAAUAAGCAGAUGAGCGAGAUCAUCACUCUGCGGGUCGUGCGUAAAUAGAGAGUAUUGCAAGAAAGCGAUUACUUGGACACGAUAUUGACAUCAUCAAUGUACAAGUGCAUGGACUCUGUUGCGGCUACUAUGGAUGAACAAGCCCGGAUCAUGCAGUCUCUUGGCGGUGUCAGUUUGUCUGGCCACUCGGUACAAGGAGGCAUGGCACUGCCGCCGCCACACGUACAUGAUGGCACUGAUGGGGACGGAAGAAAACAAGACAUUGGUGACAUUCUUCACCAAAUUAUGACGAUAACUGACCAAAGUCUGGACGAGGCGCAAGCAAAGAAACAUGGACUGAACUGCCACAGAAUGAAGCCUGCACUCUUCAGCGUACUCUGCGAGAUCAAAGAAAAAACAGGUCUGAGUAUCCGGGGUGCCCAGGAGGAGGACCCGCCGGACCCCCAGCUCAUGCGGCUGGACAACAUGCUCCUGGCGGAGGGCGUGUCCGGCCCGGAGAAGGGCGGGGGAUCGGCGGCAGCGGCGGCGGCGGCAGCAGCAUCGGGGGGCGCGGCCGACAACUCCAUCGAACACUCGGACUACAGAGCCAAACUCACCCAGAUCAGACAGAUCUACCACACGGAGCUGGAGAAAUACGAACAGGCGUGUAACGAGUUCACCACCCAUGUGAUGAACCUGCUGAGGGAGCAGAGCAGGACCAGACCCAUCUCCCCCAAGGAGAUCGAGCGCAUGGUGGGCAUCAUCCACCGCAAGUUCUCCUCCAUCCAGAUGCAGCUGAAGCAGAGCACCUGCGAGGCUGUCAUGAUCCUGCGCUCGCGCUUCCUCGACGCCAGGCGGAAACGGAGGAACUUCAGCAAGCAGGCCACGGAGAUCUUGAACGAGUAUUUCUACUCGCACCUCAGCAACCCCUACCCCAGCGAGGAGGCCAAGGAGGAGCUGGCCAAGAAGUGCAGCAUCACAGUCUCCCAGGGGGUGGGGAGCACCAUCACAGUAUCACAGGUCUCCAACUGGUUCGGCAACAAGAGAAUCCGCUACAAGAAAAACAUCGGCAAGUUCCAGGAGGAGGCCAACCUCUACGCCGCCAAGACCGCCGUAACGGCAGCCCACGCCGUGGCCGCCGCCGUGCAGAACAGCCAGACCAACUCCCCCACCACCCCCAACUCUGGAUUCCAGAUGAAAGAUGAAGAAUUUCAGCUGGACUCUGCAGAGAGCAAAAACAGUCUUUUAACCAACAUGUUCACUGGUUCGUCAGGGUCAUUUAACCUCCCAAACUCUGGGGACAUGUUCUUGAGCAUGCAGAGUCUGAAUGGGGAUUCUUACCAAGGGCAACAAGUCGGAGCCAAUGUGCAGUCACAGGUGGAUACCCUGCGACAUGUUAUCAGUCAGACAGCAGGAUACAGUGAGGUUCUGGGAGGGAAUACCAUGUACAGUCCACACGCUAACGGAUGGCAAAAUGCAACCUCUCCAUCUUCUGUGAUUUCCCCGACAGAAGGACCAGGGAGUGUGCACUCUGAUACUUCCAAUUGAUCUGUUUCCGCUGCGCCUGAUCUCUUUGCUGGGUAGCCUGGACAUUCACAGACUGGCCAACCAGAAAGGAUGUUUGUUUUUUUUUUCAAAAAAAGAAAAAUUGUGUGCUGCAUCCACCAGAAUCAUCUGCUUUCCACACUGUGGCUACAUGGUUGGCUCUUAAUGUUUUCUUGGUAGUUUAUUGUGGUAUCUCGAUCUUCAUAAGUCUUGCUACUAUGAUUCACCAUCUUUUCUUUGUUUGUUGUAGGGGGUAAGCACAUUGAUGUAAAGUUUAAACUAAGACCCAGACCUUUAUAGUUUACAAUUACGCUCAAUAUCACUUUCCUGGAACAGAAUGAUACAUGGUCUCUCGAGCUAAAUAUAGCCUAAGUGCUGGAUAACAUUAUGUGUUGUCGUAUAUAUUUUAAUACAUUCUUGAUUUGCAAUGCAAUAUACAUAGCUAUAUAUCUUUUUUGUCAUAUCUUUUUCACUUGCUUAAAAUUUCCUUGGCUCUCUGGAUGUUUCUCACCUAGGCCUACCAGCUUCUAGUUAGCUACCAAGCAGGGUUUUUUUUUGUCAAACGCAAGGACUGAAGUCAGCCAGUGAAGGUUUAGCUCCUGCACCUCCAUGUGACUGGGGUUGUCAUCUCACUAUCUUCUGUUGUUUUACUUUCUGUGGUUUUCCUUACUGCACAUCCAGUGUUUUACAGAGCCUUCGUUUAGUAGCACGGACGGUCGACUUGCAUCAGCCUACAGACUUGGGAUGAAAACCGCUAUGAGCUAUUGUUUUGAGAAUAAUAUCGCAACAUCUACUGUUUCGAAUAUGAUGUGAGGUGAGGAAAAUAUCAAUUGAUAUUGUUCUGUAUUGGGCUAAUCAUGUAUUUAGUUUUUGUUUUAACAGUGAAGCCAGCCACUUUCAUUUUGACACACAUAUGGAUACCAGUCACCUAGCAUAGGUUGUAUAUAAUAUAGCUUAAGAGUAUUUAUACUUCUCACCAAUCAAUACACGCCUCUAUUACCUCAUUCAAACUCAUAGAAACCAAUAGAUUUUCAACAUGUCUUUAGCUUAGAGUGCUCACUUACUACCUCUAAACGAUCUCACCGUCAUAAGUUUUUGUCCCCAUUAUUUAACAUUUUAUAUGUAGUUACGUUAAUAACAUCUUGUAAUUACAUCUUGUAAUACCGUAAACUCUUUUUCUUUUUUUUUCAUGUAAUCUAAUGUAAAUUUUAAUCUUUUAAGAAAAGAAGGUUGCUGUGUUGCAACGUAAAAAUGACAAAAACUAGAAAAGUGAUGUUGAUGAUAUUAAUACUACAGUAUAAAUAUGGACAAAAUGACAACAAAAUAGGAAAAAGAAAAUUGUUGGUGAACAUUUUGAAUAGGGAAGGGGAGGGGGAAAAAUGAUGAUAAAUUAACCCUAAACAGUAAAACUGUUGUACAUACUGAAGAACAUUUUGAAUGUUGCUCAUCUUGUUACUAAAUCACGCAAAAAAAAAAAAGAUUAUAAAAACUGUAAUGCAUAGAGUGGUUUCAGUAUUCAGAACUGUACAUUUCAAGCUCUGUUUGACAGGGUUCAAAGUUUCUUUCUCUUUUUUUGUAUUGUAUGUGAUUCUGAGACUGAUAAAGUCAUGACAAAUGAUUUGUGGCAGUGAUUCUAAUGUAUUAAAGAUGUUUAGUGUUUCUUUAUAACCAGACUACACCCUUGACUGAAAAGUCUUCCCUGUGGUAGUUGUGUAAUUUCAAACAUGAAUAAACCUUUUGCUUUCA